AAAACGAGCCCAAAAAUCCUGCAAUCCCAUACACACACUCCUCCACUCACUCACAUUCCCCCUGUUAUCGUAUAUCCUUAAUCGCCAUUGUUCCUCUCCAGAAGUAGCUGCGAUGGCGACUGCUUUCUCCGGAAGCAUUUUGGCGAGCUGCCCCAGAGCCGGAUUAACGGCGUGGAUGCCCAAUAAAAGAUAUCAAAAAGUGAGGGCUGCUUCUUCCGAAGAGGGGGAGCUGAAUGAUGACUGCAACACUGAAGAAUGUGCCCCCGAUAAGGAGGUUGGUAAAGUAAGCAUGGAAUGGCUAGCCGGAGAGAAAACCCGAGUUGUUGGCACCUUUCCCCCUCGGAGCCGGGGUUGGACCGGUUAUGUAGAGAAGGACACAGCCGGGCAGACGAACAUAUAUUCUGUCGAGCCUGCAGUUUACAUCGCAGAAAGCGCAAUCAGUUCGGGAACUGCAGGUUCCUCCUCUGAAGGGUCAGAGAACACGGUGGCUGUUGUCUCGAGCAUUGCUGUUGUGUCCAUUGCUGCGGCAUUUGCCGUGCUUCUCCAAGUAGGCAAAAGCAGCCCGCCGGACAGGCAGAUCACGACGGAGUAUUCGGGCCCGUCUCUCAGCUACUACAUCAACAAGUUCAAGCCACAAGAAAUCGUCGACACCGCUGCGCCGCCCCCUGCGGCUGAAAGCUUGCAAAUGGAAACAUCCAAUGCCUAUUAGGCUGCUAGUUUUCACCUUUCUUUCUCUUUAUUUCUUCCUUCCCUAUUGUUCAAAUGGCGUUGCUAUUUCAUGAAUUUUUGUUGUGAUAUAAUGCUAUCUUCAAUAUAUUUUGUGCCUAAAUAAGUAUUCUUCAAAUGAUAAAGAGGAUUCAACCUAUCA